CUGUCGGAAAGCAGUCUAGGUUAUGGUGUUAAAUUAACCUCCCCCCAAGGGGUUGACAGCACCAACCAAUAAAAACACAAGAAUGGGGGGCAGCAAGACCAACAUGUUUUGACGCAUGGAACAGAGCGUCACAGACUUAUCCAAACGCACAUCAAACUUUCAUGGCGUGCGCGAGGAUGAUCUGAAGGAGUGCUUUCCGAAGUUUCAGAUGGUCGGAUUCUGAACGGAGGAUGACAAUGGAGCCAACCGCAGUUUCUCUUUGGCACAAAUCGGCUGUUUAACCUCGUUAUUUAAUUUCCAUCCUGUCCAGCCAUCCCACGGUCUGAGUAAACGGUGGGGAUGGAGCGCGCACCCAGCGCCCCAAGCCCUCCUCACAAAGCGGUCCAGCACGAACCCAUCAGCUUCGGCAUCGACCAGAUACUUAGUAGCGGUGCUGACUCAGAGAGCGGCCGGACCAGCAGUGGAGACGGUUACCUUUUGGGGAGCCCAACUGGAGGGAGCGCAGCGUCCUACACCGCGCUGUCCAUCUCACUCUCGGGUAUGGUACCACAGUUAGAGGAUCCUGGUUUGUACGGAGUGAACCACAGCCUGGGCAGCAGAGGAGUGAUCCGGGUGCCCGCUCACAGACCGUUGACGGUCGAGGGACCGCCGCAUGUGGGGAGCGCUGUGCCCGGGUAUGGAGGCCUGUGUUUCCCGUGGGUCGGUUAUAGGUUUGCCAAGGACAGGUUAUCAGCUCUCGUGCCAUUCACGGUGACCCGGCGGAUAGGUCAUCCAUACCAGAACCGCACACCGCCCAAACGGAAAAAGCCACGGACAUCCUUCUCCCGGGUGCAGAUUUGUGAGUUGGAGAAGCGCUUCCACCGGCAGAAGUACCUCGCGAGCGCGGAGCGGGCCACCCUCGCCAAGAGCCUGAAGAUGACAGACGCGCAGGUCAAGACCUGGUUCCAGAACCGCAGGACCAAGUGGAGGAGACAGACAGCAGAGGAGCGGGAGGCUGAGCGUCAACAGGCCAAUCGGCUAAUCCUACAGCUGCAGGCCGACGCCCUCCACAAGUCCCUCAAUGAAUCAGCAGGCUUUGACCCGCUGUGCUCACAUAACUCCUCCUUGUAUGCCCUGCAGAACCUCCAGCCCUGGGCCGAGAAGAGGGAGUAGGAGGAACCUGCAGCCCUGGGCCGAGGAGAGGGAGUAAGUCUCCCAUAACCACUGAUCCAGGGUCACGUAUUUGGCCAUCCUUCCCAAUUGUUAAGACGAGGAAUUGAAUGAUUUGACCCUAGCUCAGUUGGUAGUGGCAAAGUGGAGAUUAUGGACAGUGUGUGAUGCCCCAUUGAGACUGUGUGGACACAAGGUGCCUGAUAGCCCUAAUACUACACCCAACCCCUCAUCCUUAGAUUGAGCCCUAUCUUGGUCUAUCUACACUAGCCAAGCACCCUUACAGGUGUUUUGACCCCUAUCUGGCCUUAUGUUACAUCCCACACUGUGGCCAUGUUCGAGAGCGUCAAAUCCAUGGUGCAUUGUGGGUAAAUGGUUACCGACUGACUGAUCUACAGAUAAGAAUGUGUAGUUAUUUAUGAUGCAAGGUGAUUUAUAGAUCAGUCAGCACUGUCGGCAGCAACGUGGAACAAGCUCUAUGACUCUAUGACUAAAGACAGAUUGUAGACUCAAGUGACAGGGAACUGAGGGAAGGACAGGAGGAGCCAUGUGUGAGAGGUAGAGGGGUAUAGAAGAGAGGGAGGAAGUAGAGAGGUGGAAGAGUGAUGCAUGUAAUGUCGGUAAAGUAUGAAACUAAAACAUCCUCAAAUGUUCCAUUUGUGACUCAUUUCCUAUGAGGAUGUGGGUGUAAAUGUAUCGUCAUUUGUACUUGGGAUGUAGAUAUGUAAAUACCGAUAUACACUCUUCA